AUGGCACAGACUUACACUCCAGUUGCACCUGUAACUGCUCUAGUGGCACAGAUGAUUGUUCCACAAGUUGCGCCCAUGCCAACCAUCCAGCAAGUUCAGAAUCCUCUACCUGUGUCAUUUCCACAGCAGACUUGGCAUAAUCAGCCUGGCCAACCAUGGCCAUACCACAACUCUCAAGCACAACAGAAUGUUCCACCUGUGAACAUUCAGCCAGUCGCACCUGUUCCAGCAAGGCCACCCAUGGUCAUUCCUAUGGCGGUUGGGGGGCAACCUUUUCCAAGGGAGCCAUUUCUUAACAAAGAAGGAAAGAACCGUGGCAGGAAUAAUUAUGUAGAUGCCAACCCCUUGCUUAUGGCGGGUGGGGGGCAUCAAGUGUUCAAUCAAUCUCAAGGUUGGCCAGACAACAACCUUCUACACCUAUGGGGUGGAAGGCCAUCUUACAGAAAGACCUAUCCAGAGUUCAUUGAUGAAGUUAAAUUUCCAAGGAAUUUUAGAAUUCUAGAGUUUGCAACGUUCAAUGGAGAGGGUGAAAAAUCCAAAUUGGAACAUAUCAGCCAGUUCACUAUUCAGUGUGGAGAAGUAGCAGCCAAUCCAUGGCUGAAGCUACGCUUGUUUCCAAAUACACUGACUGGGUAUGCUUUCAGGUGGUAUUCCAACUUGCCAGCCAACUUUAUCCAAAGUUGGCAGCAAUUUAAGGAUUCAUUCCAUACUCAGUUCUAUAGAGUUGAGCCCGAAGUGUCCAUGACAGACCUUUCCAGACUUCAUCAAUUACCUGGAGAGUCAAUGAUGAGCUUCCUUUCCAGAUUCAGGCGGGCUAAGUUCUAA